UGUAAAUAUCUGCCUCACAAAUCAUAUCUCCAGGCUUAACCUUUGCACUCCUGGUUGUCCCCAAACCCCUCACACUCCACAGUCCGAAGCUCCCACAGCAGGGCCUGCUUUGGCACACAGCUGAAAAGCAGCACAGCUCCAGCCUGGCCUACAGCAGGGACUCAGCUAUUCACUGAGUGAAGUAUUUUGGUUAGCAGCUGCUUCCUUGCUGGUCUCAGAGGAGCUGGCCACCCACUGCCCUGUACAGCCACCCAGGUGGCCUUCCUAAAGGCCACUGAAAAUUGACCACCACCUAAACCUCUGCUGUGGUUCCUUAACAAAGUGGGACAAAGUUCAUGAUCUCAAGCUGGCAGAUGAGGCUGUUUCCAUUUGCCGUUCCACAGGGCGGACACGGGUGCCCUUGAACAUACUCUCACUGCACUCAUCCUCAGCCCGAGGGCCCGUCGGCCACCACCCAUGUGUUGUUCACCUUUGCACCCCAGUACUGGCACCCUGUAAUGUUUCCUAAGCAGAAAGACAACUAUUAGAGACAGAAAUGAUCUUGGGAACUACAGGGCUCAAAGCAACUCAGAGGCAACAACCACACCUGAGCUGCUAUCCUUGGUCAGGAACCUGACAAAUCCUCUGGAAACAUCACCUAGAACCCCAUAAGUAUGCUUGCCAGAACCCCCAGCUGACUUUGAGGCUGGGCCCACUCUAUGCAGCCCCAAAUCCGAACCCGGCAGGUGAGCCAAGCCUGGCACAUAGUAGGACCACAGCAAAAACAGCUGUUUGACUAAGUCAACCUCUUGCCAGGUGACAACUGCAUCCAUAAAACCAACAUCCCUCUCUAGGCAUUGUUCUCUUCAUCUGUAGGAUGGAGCUAACUAGCCCUACAAGUUUAAGGUACUUUGAGCUGGUCCCCCCAACCACAUUCUUUGCAAACGAAGGGGGGGGGGCGGGUGGCGCUAAAGCAGCCAAAUUCCAAGACCCGAGAUCCACUGCUAGCCCAGCUGAUUUUUAUUAACCUCUGCCCAAACUACUGUAUGGGAAAAAAAACCAAAAACCAAAAACCAGACCCUUCUCCCCCCAUAGCCAUUUGCAUCAGAAUUAGCAGGGAGGGCUUGUUAAAUGAUGAUUCCAGACCGUGCCCCACCUGAGAGGUUUGGUAGGACUCUGAGCAGGGGCCCAGAAUUCGCGUUUAAGGCAAUCCUGAGAGAUCCUGGGCAGAGUGAAACUGGAGAACCAAAGUUCCAAACUAGACCAGUCCUCUAGAAAUGUCAUCUAGAACACCACAUGUAUGCAUGCCAGAGCCCCCAGCUGACCUUGAGGUUGAGCCCACUUCAUGCAGGCCCAAAGGUGAACCCAGCAGGUUGACCAAGCCUGGCACACAGUAGGACCACAGCAAAACGGCCUUCGGGUACCCAUGUGUUAAGGGUCAGACCUUAUUUUGGGGAAAUUCACAUUUACCAGAAAAAUCUGGGGAAAAGAGGAUUUCUCUUACUCUAAUAACAUAUAACUUAGUUCCUCCAAAGAACUAGCUUCCGGAAGAAUUAAGAAAGACCAGCUUCCCGCAGCCCACCCCUUUUACUCUCUGGGACUUGGCACUUGCGUAAAGCGGUGCCCCAGUCACAGCGUCCAGCCCAGGUCCUCUCAACUCACCAAGGCCGCCCGGGGCUCCGCGGCUGCAGCGAGGACAACGAUUCAGUGUGGCCCUGAAACUGGACCAUCUCCAGAGUGGAUGGUCAGACAUACUCUGACCCCAGGGGACUUGAGAGACCUUCGAGUGGAACCUGUUAAAAGCAGUGUUGCAUCAGAGGACUAUUCAAUUUUGAUGAACAUAAGCUGGAUACUCCGUGCAGAUGCCAGCAUCCGCUUGUUGAAGGCCACCAAGAUCUGUGUGACAGGCAAAAGUGGCUUCCAGUCCUACGGCUGCGUGAGGUGCAAUUACACAGAGGUAUUCCAGACUCAGAGCAGACCCUCCGGUGGCAAAUGGAUGUUUUUCUACAUUGGUUUUCCUGUAGAGCUGAAUACACUCUAUUUUAUUGGGGCCCAUAAUAUCCCCAAUGCAAAUAUGAAUGAGGACAGCCCCUCCAUGUCUGUGAAUUUCACCUCACCAGGCUGCCUAGACCAUGUAAUGAAAUACAAAAAAAAGUGCAUUGAGGCGGUGGCGCCAACUGAAGGCCUUUCAUGUUUGGGGGGAAAUCUGCAAGUCCUUCCAUCUGCUCAGUUACCACCAGUACCACUGACCUGUGGCCACAGAGACCCUCAGAACCUUCUGUUUGGAUUAGCAAACAUUCAAGGUAGUCUGUGGGAUCCAAACAUCACUGCUUGUAAGAAGAAUGAGAAUAUGGUAGAAGUGAAUUUUACAAUCAGUCCUCUUGGAAACAGAUACAUGGUUCUUAUCCUAAAAAACACUGUAAUUGGGACUUCUGUGUCAGAGUACCAGGAAAAACUAACUCGAACUUCUGUCAUGGUUCCAGUGACUGGGGAAAGUGAAGGUGCUGUGGUCCAGUUAACACCAUAUUUCCAUACUUGUGGCAACGACUGCAUCCGACGCAAAGGAAUGGUGGUGCUCUGCCCACAAACAGGUGUCCCCUUCUCUCCGGAUAACAGCAAAAGCAUAUUGAGUGGAUGGCUACCUCUUCUGGCUCUGCUGGUGGCCACAUGGGUGCUGGUGCUUGGGAUCUGUCUAACAUGGAGGCGUGAAAAGAUCAAGAUGUCCCUUUCUUCUACCAUGUUACUGCCCAUUACGGUUCUUGUGGUUUACCCAUCUGAAAUAUGUUUCCAUCACACGGUUUGUUACUUCGCUGAAUUUCUUCAAAACCACUGCAGAAGUCAGGUUAUCCUUGACAAGUGGCAGAAAAAGAAAAUUGCCGAGAUGGGUCCAGUGCAGUGGCUUACCACUCAGAAGAAAGCGGCAGAUAAAGUCAUUUUCCUUCUUUCCAAUGAUGUCAACACCAUCUGUGAUGGUACCUGUGGCAAGAGUGAGGGCAGCCCCUGUGAGAACUCCCAAGACCUGUUCCCCCUUGCUUUUAACCUCUUUUGCAGUGAUCUAAGAAGCCAGACUCAUCAGCACAAAUACAUAGUGGUCUAUUUUAGAGAGGCUGAUACCAAAGAUGAUUACAAUGCGCUCAACGUCUGCCCCAAGUACUGCCUCAUGAAGGAUGCUACCUCUUUUUGCAUGGAACUCCUCCAUGUCGAGCAGCAAGUGUCAACGGGCAAAAGGUUACGAGCCUGCCACAACAGAUGCUCCUCCCUGUAGCCUACCCAUGAGAAGCGAGAGAACUUGAUGCCUUCCUACUGCCUCUAAUUACAGGGGGGAAAACCAUCUGUGAUGACUCUGAAGUUUACUUGUAGGGAGGAUUAUAUGUAUAUACCUGCUUUAGUAAUAUGAAUAACUGAACACAUAAGUUUUAGUCUAGUAAUUAAAAUUUUUAUGCCAAUAAAAUUGUUACAAAGAUUAUUAA